UUUUUUACCACUUUUCUACCCAGAACUCCCAAACACGAUGCAAGAAGACCGGAGGGGUGUAUCAAAACACACCAACAAAUGGAGAGUUUGGUGGUAGAAGAGCUGCAGAGAAAAUCGAUCAAGUGGGCUAAAGUAAUCGAAGAGAUAGUGAGACUGGAGAAGAAGAUCUUCCCAAAACACGAAUCGCUUUCUAGAUCCUUCGACGACGAACUCAAGAAGAAAAACUGUGGAUUGCUUUACUCUGUCGUCGACGGAGAAAUUGCAGGCUAUGUCAUGUAUUCAUGGCCUUCUUCACUGUGCGCCUCCAUUACAAAACUUGCAGUGAAGGAGAACUGUAGGAGGCUAGGCCAUGGAGAGGCACUGCUGAAAACAGCAAUUCAGAAAAACAGAGCUAGAAAUGUCCACCGCAUAUCACUCCAUGUCGAUCCCUUGAGAGUUCCAGCCGUGAAUCUCUACAAGAAACUUGGUUUCCAAAUUGACAGCCUCAUAGAAGGUUACUACUCUUCUGACCGAAAUGCCUAUAGAAUGUACUUGGAUUUUGACACCCAUUAGUGGACGCUACUGAAAGCAUCGUUCAAAUUCUUCCACCAAGCCUGCUUUUCAAAAGGCAAGCUUAAACAGGUAUGUGCUGAGUUUGAUGAAUCCUCAUCGAACACCAAAAAUUCUAUUGAUUUUUUCUGUGUGUGUUUCGAAUGAGAUUGACAUGUGACCAAUCACCAUCUUUAUUUAUUUGCAUAUAUCUUAACCAGAUAUAUGCAAAGCACCAUUUUUUUUUUCUUUUUUUUUCAAGUUUAUCCAGUUCAUGAACUUGAUGAAGAAUGAAUUGCCAUGCUAGUGAUUAGUUUAAAGUUGAAGUAUAGAACUAUUAGUCAACUCAGCAAAGCCUUACUUCCUUACUCUUGUGAAGAAUGAUUUAUGUUGAGGCCAACAGUUUGAUUCUAGUUCCUAAAAUUGUGAAACUGAUAGGAUUAUAUUGUUUCACAAGUGUAAAACCGUAAAAUAUGUAUAU